AAUAUUCCCGCCAAAAAAACAGCCUACAUCUGUCACACACCUAAUUUCACCUUUCUUCUCUUUCUUUUGUUUUACAUGUCCCGAAUUGACGAACUUGUUGACGCUAUCUCUGGUCUUUCUCAUGUAGAAAGACCUUACCUUGAAAAUCUAUUGGCUAUCAAAAAGAUUAGAAUGGCUAAAGAUCCAAUCGAUCUUGAGUUCCAAGAGGCCGCUGCCAAAGUAACCAUGUGGGAAACCGAAUGGAAGAACUUAAACUCUUGGUCACUUCAAUGGGUUAUUUCUACAAUCACAUGUUCUUUACGAGAAGACAAGGAUCGUGCGCAUAAAGAUAAAAUCCAAGAGAUUGAAACAAGAAAUGAAAAAUAUUCUGUAGAUCACAGGACGCUGGAAGUCUAUCGUCAAGAGGUGACCGAGUUAUUGGAUGAUAAAAAAGAUCAUCCUGACUCAGAGCCAUUGAAGCAAGCCAUUGAGGACUGCAAACAAAGAUAUGAAGAGAAAGCAAAUAAUUUAAAGAAAUUGGAAAAGGUAAAAGAAUUGCUAAAGGAAGCGGAUAGCUCAAUAUUGGAAGCCAUUCUUGAACUGAAAGCAAACAAUAUGAAAGAAUCAAUGAUGGGGCAGGGUAAAGUAUAUUUCCCAGAUGCUGCCUAUGAAUGUCUUUUACAAGCUCGUCAGCUUUAUCCUCAACUACCCACUUUGCAAUCACCUCAAGAAUAUAAAAACGAAAAGGAUAAUACAGGGGCUUAUUAUUCUCCUAUGCAAAAAUACCUUUGGGAUGUUCGUCAUAAACUAUCUGAACUGAUCUUGUGGUGUGAUAAUGAAGUGAUUGAGUUGAUGGGCCAACAAACUGAACAUCAGAUAGAGUUGGGACAAAAAAUAGAUGAAUACAAUCUAUUCAGACGUGACAAGACACAUUAAACCUUUAUUAAUGAAGUUAUUUUGACGGUGCCAUCUAUUGUGCCAAAUAAACAAGCAUUAGAUGAGUUUGCCCAAUCUACUGUUGUAAUCUUUUGAUGCGCUGUCGGUUGUCCUCCAAUCUUUAAUACGGGUGAUGAGGUAUUUGGCUCUAGCACCUUAUAAAUGGAUCCAUAGUGAUUUGCAGAAGUGCACAGCACAUA